AUGGCAGCUUUCGGCACAGUUCAUUGCAUUGUCAAAAAUCCUUCCAUUCGAAGCUCCCCAUACAAAGCUGUGAGCAGCUUAGCGGCAGUAACAAACGGUUGCAGGGAAUUUGGAGCCUCGUUUUCACGCCGGAGUCCCCGUCGCCUUCAAAUCAGAUGGUCAUCAACCCUGCCUCCGUCGCCCAUUUUUGAGGCAAUCGCGAACCACGACCCGACCUCCUCCGCAAUUAUCCACGGAGCGUCUGAACGCAAAUUCAGUUAUGGCAGCUUGCUACGUGACGUUGUGGCAGGAAGGGAUGAGCUGUCCGCAGUUGCGGAGGGGAGACCUCUUUCUGGGGAAAGGAUAGCAUUUCUUGCGGAAAAUAGCUACGACUAUUGUUCCAAAGUGACGUUCCUCUCAAUCCUGUCUCACGACGCGGUUGCCGUGCCUUUGGCACACUCACAUCCCAUCUUGGAGCUGCGGUAUAUCCUCGAGAACAGUGAAGCGUUACUGUUCCUGUCUACAGAGAAGUUCCGGGAGAAAGCAAGGGAAGUUGUCAGAGAAGGCGGCCACACGCCGAAGCUAAAGAUCCUGUCCAAGGCCAACAAGGGAGCCGAAGUGCAAGAGGACGUCAGAUUCAACUCGGAAACACUUGAAAAUGGCGGACUCAUGCUCUACACCUCCGGAACCACCAACCGGCCCAAAGGCGUGGUCCUGUCCAUGUCCAAUAUGACGGCCCAAGCACGGUCACUGAUCAAAGCUUGGAAAUACUCCCCCUCCGACCUCCUCCUGCACGUUCUCCCUCUCCAUCACAUCCAUGGCACAAUCAAUGCACUCUUCGUCCCACUUAUGGCGGGCUGUGCAAUCGAGAUUGCAUACCCUUUCAACCCCGAUACCGUGUGGAAACGUCUCGCAAUGCCGUUCCUCCCUUCAUCGCCACCCUCGGACACACGGAAACGCCCCGUAACAUUCCUCACAGCGGUCCCAACAAUCUACAACCGCCUCCUGGCUACCCACUCGUCCUUGUCACCAGAACUCCAAUCCGCCACACGCACAGCAAUAUCUCCGCCGAACCUCCGGCUCAACAUCUCAGGCUCUGCCGCUCUGCCAACUCCGAUCAAACAAGCAUGGACAAGCCUGUCAGGUGGGAACGUCCUGCUAGAGCGCUACGGGAUGACCGAAGUCGGCAUGGCCCUCUCCUGCGGCCUCACAUUCGAAGAUCGCGUUGACGGCAGCGUCGGCUGGCCUCUCCCAAGUGUGGACCUCCGGCUGGUGGACACGGAGACCAACACUGUCAUUCCACCGCGCGAGCAAUUCCGCAACGACACUGGAAAACCAUGGGAAGGAGAAAUCCAACUCCGUGGUCCCACCAUUUUCAAAGAGUACUUCCGUAACCCGACCGCCACGGUCAAAGAAUUUGUCGAUCCCGAUGACAACGACGCGAAUAGAGCGAAAUGGUUCAGAACUGGAGACAUCGCGAUCCGUCAAUCUGUCCCGGGCGCAGGCCAGAGCGACCAGACCUGGGCAAAAGGACCCAUGUACUUCAUCCUCGGUCGCCUCUCCGUUGACAUAAUAAAAGUGGGCGGAGAGAAAGUCUCUGCCCUUGAAAUCGAGCGCGAGUUGCUCUCCCUGCCAGAAAUAUCAGAGGCAGCCGUGGUGGGAUUGCCCGAUGACAAGUGGGGGCAAAAGGUCGCGGCGGUGGUCGUAUUGAGCCAGAAGGGGAAUUUGGGGAAAGGGGGAGGAAAAGAAUGGGGGAUUAUGGAUUUGAGGAGGGCGCUGAAGGACAGGCUGGCUAUGCAUAAGAUGCCCGUCGAGGUCAGGGUCGUGCAGAGUAUACCCAGGAAUGCGAUGGGAAAGAUCAACAAGAAGGUGUUGGUGAAGGAUGUUUUUGGCUAG